AUGAUAGGUGAAAUAGGAAAAUUAGUAGUAAUAGAUGAAUCUAAAUUUGAGCGACGAAAAUACCAUCAUGGCCAUCGUGUAGACGGUCAAUGGAUUUUCGGAGGCAUUGCAUGGGGAUCUGAUCAAUAUUUCCUCAUUCCCAUUGAUUCUCUUGACAAGCUAACACUGUUAAAAGUUAUAAAAGAUUGGUUUUUGCCAAGCAUAACUAUAAUUAGUAAUUGCUGGGAGGCGUAUGAUUGUUUAGAAGAAGAAGGAUAUCGUCUUUUGACUGUAAUUUCUAAAUCUGAAACCGGUGCUCAUACCAACAAUGUUGAGGGCAUGUGGUGGCAUGUAAAAGCGUCUCUGUCACAAUAG